UAUUUUCGGAAUUUUUAAUACAAAGAAAAUGGUUUUAGUGAUCCGAAGCAAGGUUCAAAGUGACCUUUGGUAUCUUCGAUUAAGAUAACAUUAACUACUCCUAUUGUGUUUUUCCGCAGUAGUUAAUUAGUAAUAUAGACAGGAUGUACGUAGCAAAAAACUUGAUUCUCCAUGUGCCAGAAGCUAAAAGAAGAUUAUUCAGAAACUUUUUUACCACUUCAAUUAGGAAUAAUAGAACCAAAGAAUACGAAGGUCGAAAGUUAGUUGGAUUUUCAAUGGAUAAAAUCUUCGAAGUUGUUGCUGACGUAGAAAAUUAUCGAAAUUUUCUUCCGUUUUGUAAAAAAUCAACAAUUAUAUCAAAAGAUAGGGAUUGCUUAAGGGCGAGCUUGGUCAUAGGAUUUCCACCCUUAACAGAAAGUUACACAUCACGUGUAACGAUGAAUCGUCCUCAUUUUGUUAAAGCCGAAUGUACAGACGGAAAAUUAUUUAAUCACUUAAACACAUUAUGGAUUUUUACACCAGGACUAAAGAAUGAUCCACAAACAUGUAUCAUAGACUUUUCAUUAUCAUUUGAAUUUAAAUCGAUCAUUCAUUCUCAAUUGUCUAAUUUAGUUUUCAAUGAAAUUGUAAGACAAAUGGAAAAUGCUUUUAUUAACGAAGCUGAACGCAGAUUUGGCAGACCAAGUAUUAAAACAGUUCGAUUAGAACGUUAAUGGACUUUUAAAAUUGUAAACAAAUUAAAGAUAGAUUUUAGAAAUUUUUGUAAAUAAAUAAAUUAAGUUAAUGAAAUAAA